AUUGCAAUAAUUGUUGGACCAAAGGGACCCUCUUCAGGCAUAAAUAGCAAGACUCCUACUGUCUUCUCUUGCAGACCAACUCAGCUGCCAGCAAAAGCAGGUGCUCUCCCCCUACCAGUGCUCCAGAGGAAUAUUUAGGAAUGGAAAACCUGAUGUUUGUCUACUGGUCCUGUAAAGUUAUCUGGACAGUUCUUGUAACAAUACUGGGUUAUGCCAGCAGCCUGCCUGUGGGGGAGGAUGCUCUUUGCACAGCAGAGGAACUUGCUAAGUACAGGAUAAUCUUCACAGGGAAAUGGAGUCAGACUGCUUUCCCCAAGCAGUAUCCACUCUACAGGCCUCCAGCACAGUGGUCAUCCUUGCUAGGUGUUACUCAUAGUUCUGACUACAGCAUGUGGAAAAAAAAUGAAUAUGCCAGCAAUGGUGUACGUGAUUUUGCUGAAAAGGGUGAAGCAUGGGCAUUAAUGAAAGAAAUAGAAGAAGCGGGAGAGAAAAUUCAGAGUGUACAUGGAAUCUUCUCUGCUCCUGCAAUUUCCAGUGGUACAGGACAAACCUCAACUGAAUUAGAAGUGCAUCCAAGACACCCCUUAGUUUCGUUUGUUGUACGAAUUGUUCCAAGCCCCGACUGGUUUGUGGGUAUUGACAGCCUAAAUCUCUGUGAAGGAGACCACUGGAUGGAUGAAGUAUCAGUAGAUCUAUUUCCAUAUGAUGCUGGAACUGACAGUGGAUUCACAUUUUCUUCCCCAAACUUUGCCACUAUUCCACAGGACACAGUUACAGAGAUCACGUGUUCCUCUCCAAGUCACCCAGCAAACUCAUUUUAUUAUCCCAAACUCAAAAUUUUGCCACCAAUUGCUCAAGUAACAAUGGUGAAAUUAAAGAAAAGCCAGCUAGGUCUUUCUGCACCUUUUAUUAAUCUUCCAGCUAAAAGCAAUGAAAUAAUAGACACUGUCUCAGAAACACCCCUGGACUGCGAGGUUUCACAAUGGUCUUCCUGGGGGCUCUGCAGAGGGGUUUGCAGAGAAACAGGGACCAAGAUCAGAACUCGUUUUGUACUUCUUCAGCCUGCCAAUAAUGGAAUGCCUUGUCCAAACCUGGAUGAAGAAACAGCAUGUGAACCAGAAAAUUGUGUCUGAAAUAAAUAAAAGAUAAUAAUUACGAUAAUUUAAAAGUAGGAUAAGUUUAAAUCUAAACUACAUGUCAAUCAAUGUUCUUUAUAAUUUGGAUACACUGCACUAUUUUGCUGAAAAGUUGCAUUAGAGUGGUUUUGAAAGUUUUUAUUUAAUAUCAAGAUUUUGGGGGGUUUAAUUCCUAAGAUUUAGUAGGACAACAGUACUGGAUAAUUUAAAGAACAAAAACCCCCAAAUAAAUCCUUCCUCCAAAUACACUGUAAGUUCUUGGAGUACCCUCUAGUGGCAGAAAAGAAGACAUUUGGAAAGAUUGUACUUCACAUUUUUACUUCACGUAAAAAUAUUUCAGUCACAAAGUCUAAACUAAUAACCUCCUUAAAUAUUGUAAUUUGUUUAUCUACACCUAUUUAUACCUAGAAAAUAGUUUUUUCCUCUAAAUUAUGUUUUUAUAAUUUAUUGGCAUUUUUGUCGUCUUUCUAACCUUGCUUAAUGUGCAUUUCUUUAGAAACUACUUACAAAAGUCAGAGUGAUCAGAUGUUUGCAGUGUGGUUAAGACAAUAAUGGAACUGAGUAAAUUUGUCUUGAGACUUUUGAAUAUAUGAAAAUGUUUUUUUAUUUUUCUCUCUCAAAAGUGAGAAGGAUAACUGCCAUGAGGACACUCAGCCAACAAAAUUACUAGAAAAAAAAUCUGGAGUGUGGAGUGUGGAUAGUAGUAGAAAACGUCUGAGCUGAAUUAAAAAUGUUAGCUGGGAUACAAAAACUGAUUUUUGAUGUAUGUCCCUCAUGAGACAAUUUUAAUCUCAAAGUUAACACUGUUGACUAUAACAUAAAUUAUAUCAUUAACCUUAAAUAUGCAGUAAAUGUGUCCAUGUUUCUUUA